GGAACGGGAUUUUGGCUCCUGGAAUGGGAUUUUGGGACACCGAAAUAAGAUUUUGCCUCCUGAAACAACAUUUGAAACACCGACACAGAACUCUAGAACAACCUCCACCUCCCCCCACCAUUCCAACAUCCCCAAAAAAUCCCAUUUUAUCCCAGAAAAAAGGCGUCAAGCGGAAAGCCGACACCACCACCCCAACAACCACCGCCAUCAUCGCCACCAGCGGCGGCGAAUCCUCCCCUUCCAUCCCCGAAAACCCCAAAGCCGCCAAAAUCCCGGCGCGACGCGAGAGCGGCCGACCCAUCAAACCCCCCAGGAAAGAUCUCCCAGAUUCCCAACAGCACCAAACUUCCAAGAAAGGGAAACUUUCGGAGCAGUUGAAAUAUUGUAACGGCAUCCUGAAGGAAUUGUUGUCCAAGAAACACGCGGCGUACGCCUGGCCCUUCUACAAACCCGUGGACGCGUCGGCGCUGGGGCUGCACGAUUAUCACGAUAUCAUCAAGCACCCCAUGGACCUCAGCACCAUCAAGCGGAAGAUGGAGAACCGGGAAUACCGCGACGCGCAGGAAUUCGCCGCCGACGUCCGGUUGAUGUUCUCCAACUGCUACAAGUACAACCCCCCUGACCACGACGUGGUGGCCAUGGCCAGGAAACUCCAGGACGUGUUCGAGUUCAGCUACGCCAAAAUGCCGGACGAGCCUCAGGAUUCCGGCGGCGCCGCGGCCUCGGCUCCGCUCCCCAUUCCCAAAUCCUCGUCCGAGGAAUCGUCCAGCGAGGAGGAGGAGGAGGAAGAGGAAGAGGAGGAGGAGGAAGACGAGGAGAGCUCGACGGAAACGUCGUCGGAGAGCGAGGAGAGCUCGGAUUCCGAGGAGGAGAGAGCGAAUCGGCUGGCGGAGCUGCAGGAGCAGCUGCGCGCCGUGCACGAGCAGCUGGCCGCGCUCUCGCAGGGCCCCGUGUCCAAACCCAAACGGAAACGGGAGAAGAGGAAGAGGAAGAAAACGGAAAAGCACAAAGGGAGGGCGGGGCCCGAGGAGGAAACGCGAGCGAGGCAGGCGCAGCUCCGGAGAGCGCGGAAAGGAUCGGCCGGAACGGCUCCCAAAAGCUCCAAACGCAGCAGCAAAACCCCCGCGGCCGCUCCGCCUCCGACUUUGGCCGAUUCCGAGGAAGAGGAAGAAUCCAAACCCAUGACCUACGACGAAAAACGUCAGCUGAGCUUGGACAUCAACAAACUCCCGGGAGAAAAAUUGGGAAGAGUCGUUCACAUCAUCCAAUCCCGGGAACCUUCGCUCCGAGAUUCCAACCCCGAGGAGAUCGAGAUCGACUUCGAGACAUUGAAACC